AUGUUUAAUUCAUAAAAAACUUAAGAAUUGUGCAAUUAAGAAAAAUACAUUCAUUUCAUAAAAUGGUGCAAAGAAAAUGGAGCAUUGAUAUCAGAUGAAGUUUAAUAUCCAUCUGCAUUUGGAGCUUAAGGUUAUACUGGUAUUAGUGCAAAAAUGAAUAUUGCCGCUAAUAAAGUAAUUAUUGCUAUACCUAACAAAUUAAUCAUAAGUCAUCAUAAAGUAUUGAAAAGUGAAUUGAGUGAUAUGUUUAAGGCUCAUAAACCCUUUUUUGAUGAUUAGAUCACUGCAGAUGCUGAAUUCAAUUGUUUGGGUAUGAAAUAAGUUGUACCCUAUAGCACUUUACAUAUUUUAUCAUAAAUUAUAAGGAGAAAAGUCAUUUUGGUAUCCUUAUUUGAAUGUAGUAGAACAACAUACUAUGUUUGAAUGGAGAAAUAGAGACCUAUUCAAUUUAUAAGAUCAAUCCUUAAUUGAUGAAUUUAUGUAUAUCUAAUCUGAAAUGGAUAAAUCUUGGUACAAAUUUAAAGGAGUAAUGAACAAAUAUCCUCAAUAUUUUGGUUGUUUAACUGAAGAACAUAAAGAUAUGUUUUAUUGGAGUAAUGAAUUUGUGAUGACUCGUUGUUUUGGUUGGACAUUACCAUCUACAAGUUUAGUUCCUAUGGCUGAUAUGUUAAAUCAUUCUAAUAUUAAUCCUGCUACAUAUCAUUUAAUUAAUAGAUUAAUUGAAUAAAAUGGUUAACCAAAUAAUAGAUACACUCUUAAAAGAGAAAGAAUAGAUCUNCAUCUUCAUCCUCUUUUGUCUACAUAUCUUGUACUUUUUAAUUUAUAUAUAAUUAAAAUUAUCAAAAGACUGUUUUAAUUAAUAAGAAAAUGUAUAUUUUUAAGUUUUCUAAACUAUUUAAUUUUUAUAUUAAAUUAAUAGACAAUUCAAUUUUUAGUUAGUUGA